GUGGAGAACAAGGAGGUGACCCGGCGCAUCCUGCACGACCCGGUGAAAUACUCUGAGAAGUUCAGCACCGCCUGCCGGGCCGCCUGCGAGGGGCUCAUGGCCAAGGAUCCUGCCGGCCGCCUGGGCUUCCGGGACAACCAGUGCGCCCAGCUCAAGGCCCAGCCCCUCUUCCAGAUGGUGAACUGGGGCCGGCUGGAGGCAGGCCUGGUGGAGCCGCCCUUCGUUCCCGACCCCAAGACGGUCUACGCCAAGGACAUCGGCGAGGUGGGCGCCUUCUCCACGGUGAAGGGCGUGGUGCUGGACGAGCAGGACAAGGCGUUCUACGAGGACUUCUCCUCUGGCAACAUCCCCAUCCCCUGGCAGGAGGAAAUGGUGGAGACCGGCGUCUUCGGGGAACUGAACGUGUGGGGGCCCAAGGGCACUGUCCCCAGGGACCUCGACCCCAACGCGCCCGCCAACAGCGUCAGCAGCAAAUCGGGGACAUGCCUCCUGCUGUGAAGGGGGGGGUGGGAACACGCCUCCCCCCCACCUUGUGUCACGCCCCCAGAGACUUGGCUUGGCCCCCUGCUCCCAUCCCACUAGGGACUUGGUGACCCCUACAGCCCUCGUCUCACAGCUGCAUGAGAUGCGGAG